AUGAGUCGGAUGAUCACAAACUGCUCUCUAUCUGAUUGCACAACAGCCGUCGAUAACGCGGCUAACAUCCUAAAUGGUAAUUCCUUGCACAUCACCUCUAAAAACCAGGUGAGGUCCCGCACCACGAACCCAGCUGCGAUUCCGGAGGCGGGUUUCCAGCCUUCUCAGCGGCCCGUGAUGGGCGCGGCGGCCCCACUCAGCGGCCCGAAGCCCCACCAACGAACCCCCGUCCUGCCGAAGAAGUUGGAGCUCAAGUCGGUUAUGGUAUCCCGCCACGACCCCUACAGUCUCAGCCUGCUCCACAGCCCCUGCACUCCUAUGGACGGCUUCCUGGCGUCGUACUCGGAUGCGGACCCCAGCGGGACCGUCGAUUCGAGCGCGUCGUCUCGUGUGGGGGGGUUUAAAAAGACCCUAACCCCGCUCAGCGACUUGCAUAACACUUCUUUACAUUUACUCCCCACCCUCUACGAUACGUCGCCGCUGGACGAACCGAGCAGCUGCUGCGAUGUGUGGAGGCCAAUGCCGAUCUCAUCCACGAGGACGGCGACGGACAUCAUCCCAGGCGAUCUCAGGAAGGCGACUUCACCUCUUAACGUCCCCUCCCAUGCCUCCUGGAUGUCCAUAUCGAUCGCAUCGAAUGCGUUGAACGAGCUCCAGUGGAACUCCAAAAUUCAAGAGCUCGGCAGUCGAUCAACAAGUACUAUUGUGGGUUACACUGUGGAUCGAUCUAAAGGGCGACCCAUCCCCGUGCGAAAAGUCGCAUAA